CCGGCGGGGGCGGAAGUGGCGGCGCUGCCCCAGUGCAAGAUGGCGGCGGCUCGGCCGGGCCCGGCCCCGCGCAGGCCCCGCGCGUCCCCACGCGCCGUGCCGGUCCCGUGGUAGCCUCCGCACCUGAGCAGGGAUGGAAGCACUGGACACCGAGGUGCGGGCACGCAAGACUCUGGGCAAUGUGGAGUACGUGGAGUCGUCGGGCUUCGCGCAGGGGGUGCUGCCCACCAGGAAGGAUGUGGUGCAGAACAUGCUGUACCUGCUGCAGCCCAAGAGGGCCGGCCAGGCGCAGCGCUCCAAGGAGGACGCGGCACAGCUGCUGGCAGAGCACCUGCAGGAGCACUGGCUGGUCUGCAACCUGCACACCAUCGCCACGCAGAACAUAAAGAAACUCAUCCUCAAAAUGUAUGAGGAGUUCACCAGGUUGUACCAGACCAGGAAGCAGAGACAGAACCAGAAGUUCUCUGACCGGGCCGACAGAUUCAACGAGAGCUCCGAGAAGCUCUUUGAUGUGUUCUGCACAGACACGCAAAUGAGGGAUAAACUGGAGGAGUACAGUGGGAUAAAAAUGACCAGCAUCGAGUGGAAGUUUCUGGAAGACCAGAGGAGUGAGAGAAAAAUGUACUACGAAGAUUUCACAGAGAAGCAGGAGCUAAAGAUGAUGGAGAGGAGGCAGAAGAUCCAGUGUCUGGAGCACUUCAGGAAGCUCGCCAGGGAGGAGAAGGAGGGGAGCAAGGCGAAGGUGAAGGACCGGGGCGAGGAGCAGUCGGACGAGGGCACGAGCGUGGACGAGUCGUACCCCGCGGAGGAGGAGAACGGCGGCGCCCCGGCCUUCUCGCUGCGGGGCCGGCGCAAGCGCCGCUGCACCGCCAGCACCACCGCGCCCCUGGAGGGCGAGCACAUACGGAUGAGCAUCCGCAGGGUCAGGCCUGGCUUCUACGAGACUGUGGAGAAGGUGAAGAACUGCUAGCGCCCGCCGCGGGGUGGGCACGGCUGCUGGAGUGCCAGGGGCAAUGCACACCGGAGGCAAGUUUGAAACCCCACCACCCACUGGAAGUGAUUGUUGUGGAUCCCCAAGCCAGAGCUCAGGAACAUCCUGCCUCCAAGGGAAGAGGGCUGGGAUGAUGACAACUGCAGCAAGGACUAAACCACGUGGAUUUGGAAGGAUGAGCUGUUAGUGGCCAACAAUGCCAAGGCUCAAACGUGGCUGAUGAUCCAAAGUUAUGUAGCGUGUAAGCCUCUUCUUCCAAAGUCCUGUCUGCAUCCAUGGAGUUUGGAAGUCUCUCAACAUUUCUGAGCCGGUGGUGGCCCUAACUGUACAAACCAGGACUGGGAUUUACUGCAGGGUAAUAGCUUGGACUCGCUGCUCCCAGAGAAUCCACGCGCUGAGGAGCCCUGGCCCCCGUUGGCUGCAGCGGGGCCAAAGGGGCUCGGCCCUUCCCGCAGGAGGCGGUGUUCCUGCAAGGAAGGAAGUGGGUUUGGAGCAUGUGUCACCCAGCCCUAGAGAGGCACACUGCGCUUUUGGGAGGGGAUUGCUCUCCUGCUCGAGGUGGGGGGAGACAUCAGGAGACAGUGGAGUGCUUUGGCUGUAAAAGCAUUGGUGAUUCUGAAUGUUUUAUUCUAGAUUCUAUUUUAAUGACGUUUCCUUGGUCAGGAUAAACCUUCCUGUAACUGGAUGAGUUUUAUCAUGAAGUCCCUAAUAUAGGAUCUGGGGUGUGAAUCCUAAAUGAAGUGGUAAUGUUUUAUUUUUGGGGGGAGGGGGGUAACGUAGGGGGAAAUGCAAAUUGCAUUAUUUAGUUUUAAGAUGAGAGUAAUUUUAUAAACUAUUAUCCUGCCUUUUUAGGAUAUAGGGAAGAAAAAGCUUUCCCAGGUGUGGGUAGCUGUAGUGUUCUCAGCAGCAGGCACCUGGAUCUGGGCUUGCUUUUCCACCCCCGAGGUCGUGCAGACCAGCAGUGGGGAGAUGGUAGUUUUCCACCCAGAGAUUGUUUGAAAAAAGCGUGACCCUCUUGCCCACGUACAUCCUGAGCAGUGACGUGUCUGUGACUUUUUUAGUUAGAGUUGCUUUACUGGUUUUUAAAGAUGAGAGAUUUGAACUUCCAGUGAAACCCAGUGCUAGAGAUCUCUCUGGUGAGGUUCCCAAACCUUGCCAGACCACACUGAAAAUGGAAAACCCCCAAGUCUCUAUUUGUCCACAAAAGAUCUCUGGUAGAAAAAGCGCAAACUUGCCUGGUUUUAAAAUUUACCUUCCAGUGUGAAUGUUGGUUUCCCCACUCCAGUAUCUCAGCUUUUCCCCAUUUCUUUCCUCUCCGUCCUGCACAUCAUUUACUGACAUUAACUCGUGCUCUUUCAUUCUUUGGCUUUUGCUCCCUUUAACAAUAAAUGCAUGUACAAAUAAUUUUGACAGUUCCUUUCCUUUUGAUGAAUCAGUGCUCGGACUGCUUUGAAGUCCUAUGCCAAAGGAGGAAGGGAACACAGAGCAGCUCUGGUGCCGUUGGGCAGGGCUGGGCCGGCGGCCCCAGCUGUGCUGCCCCGGCAGGCCCAGUGUCCCGAGCGCUGCGGCGCCUUCCCGGGGCCCUGGCUCCUCAGGCAAGGCCGGGGCCUCGCUCUGUGUCUGAGUAGCUCUCCGUGGAAGAUGCUCCAGGAUGUGUAGUGCCGUGUGUUCACAUCACUCUAGAGUUACAGGUUUGAUUGCAGCACCCCCAGCCUGCGCUGCCUGACACUUGCAGCCCUCCCUCUCUCCUCUGAUGUGCUUCACUGACUUCCCCGUGCAAAUUAUGUCACGUUUAAACUAUUUGCCUUCCAGCCCUGAAGUGCUGGACUUGAGCCUCUCACUGGGCCUCUACACCAGCAGCUCUGUUUCAGCAGGGAAUAUAGCCAAGCUCGGACCUCGCCGAAGUAGAAGUAUUUUAAUAACUGCUGUAACCCCCCUUGUAUUACAGAUAUAGCUGACAGUAUAAAUGCUUGUGUGUAAAGCAAAUUCACCGGGGUUGGCUCGGAUAUGGAACACAACUGUAUAGUGCUUUAUGAUUUUCAGGGAUUCAGGGAAUUUAAGGUUGUCAAAUCUGACUUCCUGUUUAUCACAGGGAAUUACAUUUCAUUCAGAAGCCCCACAGUCAACCUGCUGGUCUCAGCUGAACUGACGUGUCUGACAGAUAGUCGAGCCGAAGGUGUCAGCAGUCUGCUGCCUUCCUCAUUGCCUACUUAGUGAUUUGCCACCUUCACUGUUUCAGAAAAUAAACAGAAGCAAAAAGAAGUCCGACCAUCUUCUAGGCUGGGAUUCUCUUCACACCAUCCUGUGCAGGCUGAGCAGUGUGUAUUGCACUGAAAUCAUAUUUGGGGUUUUUUAACUGGGUUUGACUGUGGAUAGAGCCAAAGCCUGGCUCUGUUUCUGCUGCAACAGGGGGGAAAAUUUCUAAAUCGUGUAUUCUGAUUACUCUUCUUUGGGACCAUGGUGCCUUUUUAAUCAGGACAGCAAAUCUUGUCCCAGGAUUCUGUACUUUUGUACGUUAACAGUUGUUGACUUUCCUUUUUGGUGUGUCCCAAAUAAAUUAAUGUAACAUA